AUGACGGACAUCGCACACGGGAGUACGUACAACCGUCGCGCAGCGGUCAACACCGCUGCUGAGCAGGUUGCGGCGGGCCAGUACGCCGAAAACAAGCCGCGCGCAAUCAUGUUUGUCAAUAAGCGACCGGUUGAGAUCAUUCCGCAAGAGGAGAACGUGUUAGAGGUGCUGGAGCGAGAGGGCAUCACCAUGCCGAAGUUUUGCUACCACCCCAUCCUCUCCGUCGCAGGUAACUGCCGUAUGUGCAUGGUGCAGGUCGACGGCACUCAGAACAUCAUCGUCGCAUGCUCCACCGUAGCGUUACCUGGUAUGUCGAUCAUCACUGACAGCCGUCUCGUGCGCGACGCCCGUGAGGGUAACGUGGAGCUCAUCCUCAUCAACCACCCGAACGACUGUCCGAUUUGCGAGCAGGCCACGAACUGUGAUCUGCAGAAUGUGAGCAUGAACUACGGCACCGACAUCCCGCGCUACCGUGAGGACAAGAAAGCCGUUGAGGACUUCUACUUUGACCCGCAGACGCGUGUUGUGCUGAACCGCUGCAUCCACUGCACCCGGUGCAUCCGCUUCCUGAACGAGCACGCACAGGACUUCAACCUUGGCCAGAUUGGCCGAGGUGGUCUGAGUGAGAUUUCGACCUUCCUCGACGAGCUAGAGGUCAAGACGGACAACAACAUGCCUGUCUCUCAGCUUUGCCCUGUCGGCAAGCUAUACAUGGGCGACGCGGAUGAGAACAACGAAAUCCUGCGCGAGCUCGAGGCGGCGGAGGUCACGGCGUGA